GAAAAAUGUUUUGGAGGGGAUAGUGGUUGGGGAAGCUUCAAAGAAGCUUCUCAGCCUGUUGAAAUCUGUAAAUUUAUUGGAUUUCUAUUUCUAUUUUAGACCUGUCGUUUGUCAAUUGUGUUUCACAACCCACAAAACAUUACUCCGUAUUUUUCUGGGAAUUCUUUUUUUCUCUUUCUUUCCCUUUCCUGAAUUCGUCAAUUCACAGAACCCGUUUCCAUUUGACUAUUUGGUUGUUCUUGAAACGCAUUUGGUGGGUUUCGUGGUUCGAAUCCGCGGCACCUUCAGGGAUGCUGCUGUUCCAUUGAGAAGCUUCAAUGGGUUUUGGUUUUGGGGUUUCAUUUUCCCAACGUAUAUGUGCAAUAAAAGGUGAUGAUUUGCAGGCGACCGUGAUUCAACAUUGGGUAUGUGUUGAUAUUUUUCUUAUGAAUUAACAAGUUGAAAUUUGAAUCUGGGCUGGUUUCUGUGUUUGAAUUCUUUUGCCAUUUGGUUUUUGUUUGACUAUUCAUUGUAGCAUUUGGGUGAAAGUAUUGUUCUUGUGGUGUAUAUGAGAAACAAAGCUAUGUCUAUUUGAAUAGUUCUUAGCAGAGUUGAAUAAAACAAGAUUGAUUUUGUUGUUGUAUGAGUUGAUUGAUGAUAGCUUUGGUAAAUAUGGAGGUUAGUAAUGAAGGGGAGAAUAGGGAGGGGGAGGGAGAGGCAAUAGGAGAGGAAAUGGAGACAGUGCCAUUAUCCCAUACACAGGUUAGGCGAACUCGAUUGAGAAUGCGUAGUUUUAGAGAGGUGAGGCUAAAAUCAUAUAUUUUUGAUGGAGAUGGGAACUAUUAUAACAAGGAAUGGGAUAUCUCAGAGGGUGCAGGGAGGGAGUUUUGUUGGUACCAUGUUGAGCUUCCCAAGUUUAAUCAGAAGCUUUCACAAUCUGCACAAAACCUUAUUGAUGUGCUCUGUCCUCCAUUGAAGCUCCAGGACAUUCUUUCGCUUGUUAGCAAUGGACCCUUUUGUGGGAAUGUGGAUGGGUCUCUCGUCUUCAGGGUGAAUUCACCUGGACCUGCUUCGAGUAAAUUUACGUUUAGGAUUGCAGCGAGAGUUACUGAACAUUCAGUAAUAACGAUCUCGUUGGGGCGUGUUCCAAGAUUGGGAUUCUCUCCCAUUAACCAGUCGCUUCUCUCAGAGGUUCCGGUUGUGGAAAGUCCCAGUAAUCAUAGCUCAGAACAUAAGGAAAGAGGCGGGAUUGUGAUUAGGGAGCACGUUCUUGAGUUUCUACUGACAAUGAAUCACUCCGAGGAAGCAGAUAAUCCCGUACCCAAAUCAGUGUCGAAUCUUCUUGUUCACAUUAUCGACACACAUGUGGAUCAGCUCCAAGACAUCGUGACAAACCUCGAGAUAGAGUUGGAUUCAGUGGAAUUGGAAUUAGAUAGAGGUGGGUUUGCCAUAAAGAAACUAAUGUUAGAUGACCAAAGAUUUCCCAAAAUGCAUCUCGAUUUGCAACGCCUUCUACAGGUAAUUUCAUAUGGAGAGCAAGUAUAUCCAAGAGUUAAGGAGAAGUGUUCUUCAAAAGAUUGGUUUGCCAGUGAAGACAUCGUCUCCCUGGAAGAGUUAAUUGGUCGACUGAGGAGACUGAAGGAGAAUGUCAGGUUUAUAGCCAAUCGUGUUAACGCGGUCCAGACUGGUCUUGAUACCUGGCAAGCCGAGCAAAUAAACAAGAAACUUUACUACCUUUCCUUCUUAUCCAUCAUAUUUCUUCCUCUAUCGAUAAUAACUGGAGUGUUUGGGAUGAAUGUGGGGGGAGUUCCGUGGACUAACCAAACAGAACCGGCCCUGAAGGAUGGAUUCCGCAAUGUCAUGGUUCUCUGUGUUUUUAUGUUACUGUUUGUUCUCCUUUGCUUCCUUUUUCCAACUCUGUGUAACCAACUAAUGGCCUGGAGAAGACGACAGGCCAUGAGAAGAAGUUGGUCCCUCAACCGGAGAUCUUUUGUUAGAAGAGGCACGGGAGGUACAGAGAGAUCCGGGAGACCGGGCUACCUGCGCCUCUACUGAGACAAAAACAACAGGAUAAUCGCACUCGUUAGCUCUUUGAGAAAGUUGCUUCGAACAAAAACCGCCUUCUUGCAGAUGAUGAUUAGAACUUUAGAAGUUACCAUUUUUUUUUUGUAGAAAGACUAAAAGAAGGUACCCAGUUUUGAUAUUGGUGCUGGACAGUCCUUUUUUAACUUUUUACUGUGUUUUAACAUACUGUAUAGAUAGAUUUUUCUCUGUUUUUUUUUUUUUUUUUUAAUUCUUUAAACCCAUCACCAGCAGAUAAUCUUGACAUCAAUUGUAUCA